AUGCCUCCUCUGCUGUCAACUGGAAGGCUUUACUCUUCACCACUGGCACCUCAGCACGGCCCUGACGACCGUCUUUAUAUUGGAGGAAAUGAAUCCGAAGGUCACUUUUCGUUGAUCAACGAGGCAUGUUCAAUGUUUGCACAUACGAACCCGUUACAUCUAGAUGUAUUCAAGAGUGUUGUGAGAUUUGAGGCAGAAGUGGUGGCUAUGACGGCUGCUCUUCUUGGAAGUAAAGAGAAGGCAUCUGGAGGCCAAAUAUGUGGCAACAUGACUUCAGGAGGAACAGAGAGUAUACUGUUAGCUGUCAAAUCAUCACGUGACUACAUGAAGGCCAACAAGAAUAUCACAUGUCCAGAGAUGAUAAUACCUGAAUCUGCACACUCGGCUUACGACAAAGCUGCCCAAUAUUUCAAAAUUAAGUUGUGGCGUGUUCCUGUGAAUAAGGAAUUUCAAGCAGAUGUCAAAGCUAUCAAGAAAUACAUCAACAAAAACACCAUAUUGAUUGUUGGGUCAGCACCUGGUUUUCCUCAUGGAAUCAUCGACCCAAUCGAGGAGCUUGGUGAAUUGGCAUUGAGUUACAGGAUCUGUCUGCAUGUAGACCUUUGUCUUGGUGGUUUUGUGCUGCCUUUUGCACGUAAACUUGGGUAUCCGAUUCCACCAUUUGAUUUUUCUGUCCAAGGAGUAACUUCUAUAUCAGCAGAUGUGCAUAAAUAUGGGUUGGCACCCAAAGGAACAAGUAUAGUUUUAUACAGAAACCAUGAAAUUCGCAAGCACCAAUUUGUUGCUGUUACAGAAUGGUCUGGUGGUCUGUAUGUAUCUCCGACAAUUGCUGGUAGCAGACCUGGAAGUUUAAUUGCAGGGGCUUGGGCAGCUAUGCUUUCUUUAGGGCAAGAAGGUUACCUGGAGCACACAAGAGAGAUAAUGGAAGCAUCAAAGAGGCUACAAAACGGAGUAAAAGAGAUCCCUGAGUUAUUUAUGAUUGGAAGGCCAGAUAUGACAAUUGUGGCUUUUGGGUCUAAUGUGAUAGACAUAUUUGAAGUGAACGACUUGCUUUCCUCAAAAGGCUGGCAUCUGAAUCCCUUGCAGAGACCCAACAGUAUUCAUAUCUGUGUGACCCUUCAACAUGUUCCUAUUGUUGACAACUUCCUGAAAGAUUUAAAGGAUUCAGUGCAGAUUGUAAAACAAAAUCCGGGGCCUAUUAGUGGAGGGCUUGCACCAAUAUAUGGAGCAGCCGGGAAGAUCCCAGAUAGAGGAUUAUUAUUCCAGCAACCAAUGGUCACAAUGUGUGCUGCAAGUACAGUGGAAUCGUGUAAGAUGUAA